AUGGCUCACAGGAAAUUACAACAGGAAGUGGACCGAGUAUUCAAGAAAAUUAGUGAAGGUCUGGAAAUCUUCGAUACUUACUACGAGAGACAUGAGAAUUGCACGAAUAAUCCAUCGCAGCGAGACAAACUGGAAUCUGAUUUGAAAAGAGAGGUCAAGAAACUGCAAAGAUUGCGAGAGCAGAUCAAAACAUGGCAGAGCUCGCCGGAAAUCAAAGACAAGGACGCUCUGUUAGACCAUAGGCGGUCUGUAGAGGUAGCAAUGGAAAAAUACAAGGCAGUUGAAAAGGCUUCAAAGGAAAAGGCAUACUCGAACAUAAGCCUGAAAAAAUCGGAGACUUUAGACCCGCAAGAGCGAGAACGAAGGGAUGUAACGAAUUACUUAUCUCAAUGUGUGGAUGAAUUGGAAAGGCAGUAUGAUGCGCUACAGUUGGAGGUUGACAAAUUGAUAUUGCUCAACAAGAAGAAAAAGACUUCCAAUCCUGCUAAUGACGACAAGAAAAACAAGCUAAAAGAACUUCAGUCAAGGUAUCGAUGGCAUCAGCAACAAAUGGAGCUAGCCCUGAGACUGAUAGCCAACGAAGAGCUGGACCCCGAGUCCGUGAAAAGCAUCCAAGAAGACAUCAAUUAUUUCGUGGACUCCAACAUGGAACCCGAUUUUGUCGAAGACGAGACUAUCUACGAUGGUCUUAAUCUUGACGCAAACGAAGCAAUUGCGCACGAGGUCGCAGCAUCUUUCGCAGCUCAAAAUAACGAAGAUUCUGAAGAUGAGGGUUCAAGAGACUCCACGAAGCUUUCUCGAAAAGAACAACGUAAACUGGAAAGAGAGGCAAAAAAGGCUGCCAAAGCAGCUGCAAAAGGCGAUCAGGAUAUAACGAGCACCGUGAUCCCCAGUUCACCAAAUUCUGCUGAGGAAAAACCAGAAUGCUCAAGUCAAAAACGGGUGGUAUCGUCCGAUAUAUCAAGAGAGUCUCAUUCGGUGAGCGCAUCGCCAUCGCCUUCUCCAGUUCUUUCAUUUAAAGCUCCCUCUACGGCUCACACAGGCCCUUCGUCAUCUGGAGCAUCACAUGGCGACUUGGGCUCCAGUGGGAAAGCGAACGAAUCGAAGCCCUUGGAAGUGGUUUCGAAGCCAGACACUCUGGAGGCUACAAGUCACACUCACAUUCACCAGAGCCUAAACGGUAUAACAACUAGCACUCUUAAACCAGCGACCCUUCCUGUUCGCCCUGCUGGUGAGCUGAAAUGGGCUACAGCAGCUGCUCAAGCUUCUGAAAAAGAGAAAAAGACCAACGCAUUGUCUUUUUCAGCAGUCGCUAACACAUCUAACACAGGUUCGACUUCGAACAGUGUGUCAAACAGCGUGGUCAAUACCCCAGUAGUGGCGAAGUUGGCUUUGUCGAAUUUUGUCACUAUUGACAAGCUUGCAUCCUCGCCGCAAAGCAACGAUGACAGGAAUGAUGGACUGCGAAAGUUUGCAGAUCAAAAGGAAUUCUUAGGUGACUUGUCUGGUUCAAAGGCGGAUCUGAGGGGUGACUUAGAGAGUACUUUAUCAGAGUUUGAUUUUUCAGAGGAAGACUAUGAAACUGAAGUGUCCGAAGUCGAUUUUGAUGAGGAGCAACCAGAGCAUCAGCUAAGUGCUGAUGAACUUAACGGGCAGAUAGAUGCAAGGGCCGCGUUGUCAAAUUCUUUAGCUAAGGACUAUGAAUUACUGACACUACCCAGUGGAAUCCAGGAUUUCAUAGUGAGCUCGCUCUUAUCGAGAAGCAACAUUAAUAAUGGCACCAGUAACAGCAAAAAGAGUGCCUAUCAGGCGCCAUGCAAUUUCUGUUCUUCUCGUAUCGAACCAAUCCCACAAGGCGUCAAUCCUCCUUCACCCCUUGACGCUUUCAGGUCUUCGAAUCAAUGGGACCUAACGCGCGCUUCCCUUUUUGAUGACUUUACGAAUAUUCAUGAUAGUGAUGAAGAUAAGUUCACUAAAACUCUGGAGAAAUUCAGGCCUUUGGAAACCUUUUCUCUGUUUUAUUCGUAUUAUUUCGCAAUCUCACCAUUGGAACACGAAAUCGCCGCAUUGCUUCUGGAAGAAAGGAACUGGACGGUCUCUAAAUCUGGAGACAGAUGGUUUUUACGACAUGGACAACCAAAAUUCACCUCGGACAAUUGCGAAAUUGCCGAUUUCAAGAUUUUCAAACUUGACGAUUGGGCUGUCGUCGACAAACUAAACUUCAAACUAGAAUACGAAACGCUCAAACAACCACCGGUAGGUUUUUUAGAUAUUAGUCGGAGCCAACAGCUCUUGCAGCAGCUUAAGCAAGGAGUAAUUGGUACGAAUGCUCAAGGUGUAGUUGCGUAA